AUGCCCGCCAUGAAAACCACCGCCGCCGCCGCCACAGCAACAUCAUCGUGCCACGCAAAGCUCUACGAAAUCCCAACCACCGAUGCUGCAUGCGCCAUGCCCAUGAACAGCACUUACCACACCCUAAUGACGAACUGCUGUGGCUCUGCCAGCGUUAUCUCCUACUCGGACUGCGACUAUUACUGUCUCGCGCAGAGCCAGACCGUUGGCGACCUUGCGGAGUGUCUGAUCAAGGGCUCUGCAGCGGGGCAGGUGUGGUGUAAUACCAAUGCGAAUGCAACGGCUACGGGAACUGCGACUGCAACUGCAAGCGCAACGGAGGAUGAAACCCCGGUCCCAACUGGAUUGAACGGCGCGGUGGCUACGCAGUUGGAUAUCAAGUAUGUGUUGCUUCUGGUGCUUGUCGCGUUUGGCGGAAUUGUGCAGCCUUUUGUUUGA